GAAGACCGAGAAGGAGACGGCAAAGGCAAAGGAAGUGGAGAGGCGGUGGUGGUCGGUGGCGGACAAGGUGGGGAGCAUUAGAAGAAGGAACAUAUAGAGAAAAGGCAGCUGUAGUAGGGGUACCGGAGAGACUACACAGUGUGCAGAAGCCGAGGCAGCGCACUGAGCCACGAGGGGCUAUUCGAGCGAGAAGGGGAGGGUGACAAGAAGCCCUGGCGGGGAGGGGACGCGGAGGCCUUCGGGGGGCCGACCAACCAGACGGCCGAUGAUGUCAUCGGAGGAGGAGACCGAGUGUUUCGCCCUCUACGGAGCAACCACGGAAAGCAAGCAACAGCAACUCCUGAAGAAGCAGAAGCGCACCAGACAGCGCGUGGACGCCGGCGAGCCGCGCAACAGCUACUCGAGUAUACCGAACUUUAGCUCCCGGCCAUCCUUCCUCGGUGGUGGUCUAUACGGCUCGAUCUUCAGUGGUAGUGGACCACCGUCGCAUCAACAAUCGCCGCAACAGCAGCAACAGCCGCAGCAGCACCACCAGUCACAAUCGCAACAACAACAACAACAACUCCAGCAACAGGCUGGAGCGGCUGGCAGCCAAAGUCAUUUAGGUACAGCUACGACGGGUCCUACAACCCAGCAGCAUUCCGCCCACGCGGCCUUCGGCUUCUUCGGGGCUCCGGGCUUCGGCCCCGCCAAGAUGCUGAACGAGUUAUUAGGAAGGCAGGUCAAACAAGCCAGUGACGCUGGCGGAUCACCGCCAGAGGGCGGUCACGGGAUGACCGGUGCCGGCAUGGAUCCCGCCUCGAAUUUGCAACCGGGCGCCGUGGUUAAUUGCGAUGAUCCUGCUACGGCCGACCUUACGCAGCACAUGUUACGCGACAUGCUUCUGCAGGGCCGCAAACUCUCCGCUCUCGGCGUGCAGGAGCAGCCGAACAAUAACAACAGUAUACAUAAUAACAACAAUAAUAAUACUACCGCGGAAUUACUUAAAUCACAGCAUCAGCAGAGUCCCCAACAGCAUCAACAGCAAAAUAGUGAUAGUGCGCGCAGUGGAACAGUGCAGAGUGGCGGGGAGGAGAGUGGUGAUGGUAAUAACGUCGUGAAUAGCGCGAAUCACAGUGAUCGUGAUACCGUGAUGCCGGGCGAUGCUGAGGACAGCGCUGAGGAUGCUGCUUCCGCGGCACGCGCGAUGGAGGAGGCCUUUGCCGAAGCCGGUAUGGAACCAGGGGCGAACUUGGAUGGAUCGGAUUGCGAGCAGAGCCUACCUCCUAGCCCAACGGCACCAAGAUCAGGCUCGGUCUCCGUUAAAGAAGAGAUACAAGAGUCAAUGAAUAUCAAACGUAGCCCCAGUCACUCUCCUUGUCCGAUCGUGCCAAAAACUGAAACGAACUCUCCAACGACAGAGAUUAAACGCGCUCGUGUGGAGAACAUCGUCAGCACGAUGCGCAGUAGUCCAGCGCUUCAGCCGGCAACGGUAAACGGUUGCAAGAAGCGCAAGCUCUAUCAACCUCAGCAACAGACGGUGCAUCACGUUCUUCAGCAUAGUGUCAAUGAUACCAUGAUGGACGAUGAAGAUGAGAGCGAAGAGGAGGAGGAUCCGGCGACGAUCAGACAGAAACGGGAGGAGAAAGAUAAUUUGAAAAUACAAUUAAAAAUGUUGCACGAGCAAUUGGCGGAAAUGCAACAAAAAUACAUGGAACUCUCUAGUAGAAUGGAGCCAGAUACAAGUGAGAGCGGUGACGCGCCACCCAGUCCUCAACCUCAACCACAACCACCACCAAGACCGCCACGACCUCAUCCACCGCCGUACACUAACGGCCUCCCGACUCUCCCACCCGAUCACCCCCACGCAGCAGCUGCUGCUAUGUAUCACAUGGGGCAUAAACUUUACUUUGAACAACAACAUGCUGCUCUCGAGAGAAUGAAACAACAUCAAGAAGCGGCUGUGCGGCAGCAGCAGCAGCAACAGCAGCAGCAGCAGCAGCAGCAACAGCAGCAGCAGCAGCAGCAGCAACAGCAGCAGCAGCAACAGCAGCAGCAGCAGCAGCAGCAGCAGCAACAACAUCAACGACAAAGUUCGCCACCGCCACCAAGUCAACCUCAGCAACAGAGUCAGAACAACACUGGACCUUCGACGCCGCAGACGCCGCAAAUGCAAUCAGCUAGUACGCCUAUUCAACAUAAAGACUUCCAGGAAAGGUUAAACGUCUUCAGGGGUGCCGCUGCAGCAGCCAGUUCGUCCGGUCCUCACAUCACCGGUGCCGAUUUGGAAGGCUUGGCGGAUAUCUUGAAGACGGAAAUAACUUCUUCUUUAACCAAUUUGAUUGACAGCAUAGUAGCAAGGUUCGUGCAACAGAGGAGGUUUCUCGGUAAGCAAACCGAGGCAGCGCAGGCUGCUGCCGAGCAGCUCAAUAAGGACCUUCUUUUGGCGAGCCAAAUGCUCGAAAGAAAAUCGCCUAGGACGAAAGUAGUUGACAGAGGAGCUCCACAACCACCCGGUGGCCCAAACGGGCCACGGGGGCCCCUCAACAGUGGGCCCCCUCCUCCACAACCCACGGGGUUUUCACAAAUCGGGUCCAUAGGUGGUGUACCCCAUGGCCCUCAUACUGGCCCCACGGAAAACAAUCUUAACCAAAUGAAUCAGCUGCCCUCGCACGCAAGGCCGAGCGUUGGAAUGUUUCAGACUCCAAAACCGCCGACGAUAUACGCCAUGGCAUCUAUGCAAGCGCAGCAACAACAACAACACCAACAGCAACAUCAGCAACAACGCGAGCAGCAACAAAGGGAGCAACAACAACGCGACCAAUACUGCAAUAUGAGAGGUGACGAGAGAGAAAACAGGGACUCGGAACAAAAUGAAGCUCUGUCACUUGUCAUGACGCCGAAGAAAAAACGUCAUAAGGUGACGGAUACGAGAAUUACUCCGAGAACGGUAUCCAGAAUCCUAGCGCAGGAAGGAAACGGAUCUCAAGGAGGUAGUGAUAGUCCCCCGCCUCCUCCACCACCGAGACCUUACCACGCGCCACCACCGAUGCUGCCGGUGUCCCUGCCAACCAGCGUAGCGAUACCAAAUCCAAGCCUCCACGAGAGUCAAGUGUUCUCGCCCUAUUCGCCGUUUUUCAAUCCUCACGCGAGUCAUCCUGGUCAAGUACCACCUCCGGGGCCACAUCAUUUACCCGCGAGUCCUCCGGGUGGAGGUGUAGAACUCAGGGAUUCCCCUCCACUGCCCCAUCCGCCGGCUAUGUUGCAUCCAGCCUUGUUGGCAGCAGCCCAGCACGGCAGUCCGGACUACGGACAUCUUAGGAUGGACAGCAAUGACCGAGCUAGCGACUGUAAUUCCGGCGACAUCAGCUACGAUGGAAUUCAGCCUACAUCGUCGACGCUGACGCCGAUGCAUCUGAGGAAGGCGAAGCUGAUGUUCUUCUGGGUCAGGUACCCAUCCUCGGCCGUCCUUAAGAUGUACUUCCCUGACAUCAAGUUUAAUAAAAACAAUACAGCGCAGCUGGUCAAGUGGUUCUCCAACUUCCGGGAGUUCUAUUAUAUCCAAAUGGAGAAAUACGCGAGACAAGCAGUUUCGGAGGGCGUGAAGAACGCCGAAGAUCUCCGAGUCGGUGGCGACUCCGAAAUCUACCGGGUUCUCAACCUUCACUACAACCGUAAUAACCACAUUGAGGUAUGGGGUCCUCAGGUACCCAGCAACUUUAGGUACGUUGUGGAACAGACGUUGAAAGAGUUUUUCAAGGCGAUUCAGGGCGGUAAGGACUCCGAGCAAAGCUGGAAGAAGUCCAUCUACAAGGUGAUUUCGAGGUUGGACGAUCCAGUGCCGGAGUAUUUCAAGAGCCCGAACUUCCUGGAGCAGCUCGAAUGAAUCAGGAGG